AUGGCAGAUAGAUUUGAUCCUGAUUCUUUACUAGCCUUGGAAAAAGCUUUUCUCAAAGUACCUCUUGUACAGCUUAGAGGCUCUUCUACGAAGGCUUAUAAGAACUUUGAAAAGGAAUCCAAGCAUAUUCAAACACAGAUCAAACAACUACAAAAUGAAAUUGCUUUAAAUAACAAAGUUGAUGCUGACAAACUUAGGGAAAUUCAUGAAAAUGUCGAAAAGUGGUUAGGAAGUUCAAAAAUGGAGUUUCUUGAAACUCAUAGAGAAGGACAAAAACAUGUCGCAAGAGGCCGACAGCGUGUUGACCAUCUCGCUGAAGUAUCUCUAAUAACUAACGUUUAUGAUCCGAAAUACAAAGAAUGGACUGGAAAACGAGCAGAUCGGGUUAUCGUUGAUUAUUUAUUGAGGGAAGGAUUUCGUGAUACGGCAAUCCAAUUGGCUAGUGAAUCCGAUAUUGAGUCACUAGUUGAUAUUGACCUAUUUACAGAAGCACACGUUAUUGAACAAGCUUUACGAAAAAAUAGAUGUACAGAGGCUUUAAGAUGGUGCAAUGAAAAUAAGAAUAGCUUACGGAAGAUAAAUGCAAGCAAAGAAUAUCAUUUAUUGGCAAUAUUACACACCCUUGAAUUUCUUCUUCGAGUGCAAGAAGUUAUCGAGUUAUGUCGCGAAAAUAAGAGGGAGGAGGCGCUUAAAUAUUCCAAAGAACAUUUCAAAGCUUAUAUAGAUGUUAAUAAAAAGGGUGCACAAAAUGCUAGAAAAACAGAAUCUCAGUCUGGAUCUAUUCGGAGACGGGAUAAUGUUAAAACAAUAUCAUCUGAUGACCCCCUUUAUAAGCAAUACCUUCAAAUGAUGGGAGCUCUUGCAUUUCCACCUAAUACAACUUGCAAGCCUUAUAAGGCUCUGUACGAUCCUAGUCGUUGGGAACGACUAAUUGCACGAUUUCGAAUAGACUUUUAUGAGUUAAAUGCCCUCCCAUCUCAACCUUUAUUGAAUGUCACCUUACAAGCUGGAUUGUCUGCUCUUAAAACACCAAUGUGUUAUCAACACGAAAAUAAAAAUAUAGAUUGUCCAGUAUGUUCACCGGACACGCUUGGCGCUCUUGCAAAAGACUUGCCAAUGAAUCAUCAUGUAAAUUCGACACUAGUAUGCCGGAUUAGUAAAAAGAUUAUGAAUGAAGAUAAUUAUCCUAUGAUUUUGCCGAACGGGUGUGCUUAUUCUCGUGAUGCAUUAGCUGAGAUGGCAUCAAAAAACGACGACAAAGUUACAUGUCCUCGCACUGGUGAAGUUUAUGAAUUUUCAAAGU